UAAAGCUUCACUGUGCCGCAUGUGUCGAUGAUUCCAGAAAAGACUCGUUCGUUCCCUGGUUGAGUAAGGUGUUCCACCUCUCUUCAUUGGUUUAGUCUGUCAACUGAAUGUAAAAGGAAGCCUUUACAUAUAUUAGCGUAACCAUAACGGUAAACAGUUCCAUAUCGUCCAUAACCUUUAUAGGCUAAACUGUCAAGAUGUUGAGAGCUGCAAUAACUGUUUCGAGGUCCUUACCUUUAAAGAACUCCCGAAAAGACGUGUCUUCUUUGGUCAAAAAGGCGUGCUGGAAUGGCUUUCCUCAGGAUGCAAUCAGAGUUCUCUCCAGGAGAAACUAUGCAUCUGAAGCAAUCAAGGGUGCAGUUAUUGGCAUUGACUUGGGAACCACCAACUCCUGUGUUGCUGUCAUGGAGGGGAAACAGGCCAAGGUUUUGGAAAAUGCAGAGGGUGCCAGGACAACUCCAUCAGUUAUUGCCUUCACUUCAGAUGGGGAGCGCUUAGCAGGCAUGCCUGCUAAACGUCAGGCUGUCACCAACCCUCAGAACACACUGUAUGCCACCAAGAGACUGAUCGGCCGGCGUUUUGAUGAUCCUGAGGUCCAGAAAGACCUAAAAAAUGUUCCCUACAAGAUAGUACGUGCAUCAAACGGCGACGCCUGGGUGGAGGCCCAUGGAAAAAUGUACUCUCCAAGCCAGGCUGGAGCGUUUGUUCUCAUAAAGAUGAAGGAGACUGCAGAGAACUACCUGGGGACCAAAGCAAAGAAUGCUGUUGUUACUGUCCCAGCCUACUUCAAUGACUCUCAGAGACAGGCCACCAAAGAUGCUGGUCAGAUUGCUGGUCUGAAUGUUCUGCGUGUCAUUAAUGAACCCACUGCAGCGGCCCUGGCCUACGGCCUGGACAAAACCCAGGACAAAAUAAUUGCUGUCUACGACCUUGGUGGAGGUACGUUUGAUAUUUCAAUUCUGGAAAUCCAAAAAGGAGUUUUUGAGGUGAAAUCCACAAACGGUGAUACUUUUUUGGGAGGAGAGGACUUUGACCAACACCUUCUUAAAUACAUUGUUAAGGAGUUUAAGAGAGAGUCAGCUGUAGACUUGACAAAAGACAACAUGGCUCUUCAGAGAGUCAGAGAGGCAGCUGAGAAGGCCAAGUGUGAGCUGUCAUCUUCACUGCAGACUGAUAUCAACCUUCCAUAUCUGACUAUGGAUGCCUCUGGCCCCAAACAUCUUAACAUGAAGCUGACCCGUGCACAGUUUGAGAGCAUUGUGGCCGACCUAAUUCGCCGCACUGUGGCACCCUGUCAGAAGGCCAUGCAGGACGCAGAUGUGUCCAAAGGAGACAUUGGAGAGGUGCUGCUGGUUGGGGGAAUGACUCGCAUGCCCAAGGUGCAGCAGACGGUUCAGGAAGUUUUUGGUCGUGCUCCUAGCAAAUCUGUGAACCCUGAUGAAGCAGUGGCUAUUGGAGCAGCUAUCCAGGGCGGUGUCUUGGCUGGUGAUGUCACCGAUGUGCUUCUGUUGGAUGUGACACCGCUGUCAUUAGGUAUUGAAACUUUGGGUGGAGUUUUCACCAAACUUAUCAACAGAAACACCACCAUUCCCACCAAGAAAAGCCAGGUGUUCUCAACGGCAGCUGAUGGACAGACGCAGGUGGAAAUCAAGGUGUGUCAAGGAGAAAGAGAGAUGGCAACAGACAACAAAGUGCUGGGUCAGUUCAGUCUGGUGGGGAUACCUCCUGCCCCCCGAGGAGUUCCCCAGAUUGAGGUCACCUUCGACAUCGAUGCUAAUGGUAUUGUCCACGUCUCUGCCAAGGACAAGGGCACUGGCCGGGAACAGCAGAUUGUGAUUCAGUCUUCCGGAGGACUUAGUAAAGACGACAUUGAAAAUAUGAUCAAAAAUGCUGAGAAGUACGCCGAGGAAGACAGAAGGAGAAAGGACCGCGUGGAAGCUGUUAAUGUUGCUGAGGGCAUAGUACACGAUACGGAAUCAAAAAUGGAGGAGUUCAAGGAUCAGCUUCCAGCUGAUGAGUGCACUAAACUAAAGGAGGAGAUUUCUAAAGUCAGGGAUCUCCUGGCAAACAAGGACUCAGAAACGGGCGAGAAUAUCAAACAAGCAGCAACCAACCUGCAGCAGGCAUCACUUAAACUCUUCGAAAUGGCAUACAAAAAGAUGGCAGCAGAGCGAGAAGGGAGCGGCUCCAGUUCGACGGAGGGAGAGAAGAAAGAAGGCCAGCAGUAGAGAGCAGAUUUCAUGACAGCAGAGCACUGCUGUUAGACAAUAGUUAAAGAUGUUUUAUUCAGUCUUUGUUCCCUAUUUGUAAAUCUCUGUUUGCUAUAUUAUUCCGAAUUUACAUUCAAAAUAUGUUUGAAGAAUCCUAAUUUGUUCAAUUGCAGUGAAGUAACCAUUUGCUUCAUCUCUACAAUCCUAUUAUGUACAGUAUUCUUUAGGUAAAAGUAUGGUUUGUAAGUGAGGGAGUUCAGGCAGAAACAUCAGAAUCAUUUAACCAUUAGAGGCUUCCACAUCACAGAGUGCAGUCUGAACCUGCAAACAAGACUAGAGUUGAUGUCCUUUUUAUUAAGUCAAUGUUCCAACAUAUUCAAAGAAGCACUUUGUUUUGAAGGGGCGCUUAGGCUUAGUAAAUUUAACUAAAUAGGGACGACUCAAUAGAGUGCAUUUUGCAUAAUGUUAAGGGCAAGGGAUUGGUCUUUAUGACAGUUGAGGCAGACCUGGAAACAUGCAGUACUUAAUCCCCCGAGUUUUUCCUGCGAAAUGAUCAUGUCAGAAACUAAAUGGUGUGAUUGUUGUGACCCAACAGGGUCUGUGUGAAUAUGAAGACAGAAUUCACGUUGGUAUAGGUUUAUUAAAUAUUCUUUGGGUAAAUGUAAUGUUUAAGCUUGAGAAGGGUUUAAUCAAUACAUGUUUUCUAAUAAAAGAUUGGUUGAUUCCAUUGUCGUGAACAACCAGCUGCUGUCUGUA